UUGAUUGUGGAUCGGACUGCUCUUUGAUGCAUUGGUAUUGUGUUUGUGGUUUAUUUUUAUUGUACUGAUGGUUGCUUGAUCGACGCGACGUUAAAUACCGAUUUGCUUUUGUAAUUUGACUAAACCACAUAAGCAUAACUUUAGUUUUGUAUGUAGUAUUUAUUAUUCAAUAAAUAUACUGCAAUAAAUUGUGUUGCGUACGUUGCUUAAACUGAAAGUUCUAAUUAUGGAAAAUAUAGUCGACGAUCAAGAAAAUUUGAAAAGAUUUCUCCGACAGGCAGAUCUCCAACAAUACUUUGAGUUGUUCAGAGAUAUUCUUAAGGUGACCAAACUUUCACAGUUAAAGUAUGUUAUAAAGGGUGAUUUACAUCAAAUUGGACUUUCAAAACCUGAACAGAGACGAUACAGGAAACUCUAUAACAAAUAUUUUCCAAAUCCGUAUUUGAAUAAACUCAAACAACUUCUAACUGCUAGCAGAAGAAAUGAACCGAUUACUCUUGGUCAUAGUUCUAUUCCUAUUGACUUUCAACCAUUCCCAGAAAAUGUUAAAGUACCUACCAAACAUAUAAUAUCCAUUGAAGAUAUAAAUAUCAAUAAAGAGCUAGGUACAGGACAGUUUGGAGUGGUGCAACAGGGUACUUGGACCACAGGCAAUCAAAGACUGCAAGUAGCUAUAAAAUGCUUAGGACAUGAACGCAUGACCUCAAAUUCAUCAGAAUUCUUAAAAGAAGCUGCCGUAAUGCACAGUAUUGAGCAUCCUAACAUUGUCAGGUUGUAUGGUGUCGUGUUACACUUGGAUUCCUUGAUGUUGGUGACAGAGUUGGCUCCACUCCGUUCACUUCUCGAGUGCCUACGCGAGGUGUCGCUUCGAGCAAGCUUUCCCGUAUCGAACCUUUGUGAGUUCGCACAACAAAUCUGUGAUGGCAUGACUUAUUUAGAAAACAAAAGACUGAUUCAUAGGGACUUAGCAGCAAGGAAUAUCUUAGUAUUUAGCAAAUAUAGAGUAAAAAUCUCGGAUUUCGGCUUAUCGCGUGCAUUGAGCGUAGGCAAGGAUUAUUACCAAACGAAUUACAAUGUGAAUCUCAAAUUACCGGUUGCAUGGUGUGCACCAGAAUGCAUUUUAUAUUUACGUUUUACAUCGGCAAGCGAUGUUUGGGCGUUCGGAGUUUGCCUUUGGGAGAUGUUUACUUAUGGUUUCCAGCCGUGGGCAGCUUUCUCAGGACAUCAGAUCCUAGAAGCAAUAGAUGAACCAAAUUAUCAAAGAUUGGAAAGGCCCGAAUGUUGCCCCGAUGACUAUUAUUCCGUGAUGUUAGAAUGUUGGGCCCAUGAUCCAAACUCUAGACCCAAGUUCAAAGAAUUGAAGCCAAAGCUACGUGAAAUACAACCAAUCCAGGUUCAAGCAAUCACAGAUUUUCAUGAACCACAAGAUGGCAGACGGAGUAAUUUUCUUGAAUAUAAAGCUGGUCAAGUAAUAACAGUACUUGGAAAAGAGAAUUUCACAAAGUCUUCAUUGUGGUAUGGGGUAUUACCUGGAGGUACCUGUGGUGUAUUUGACCCCAAUGAGACAGAGCCAUUUAUUCAACCAGAGCAAGCUUUGCCUGGUUCAAUGUCACCGCAUCAGUCACGAAACGCAACGCGAACGUCCGCCAUAUCUCGUUCUGACGUCAAACGUCACACGUAUACCGGCAAGAGAACGAUACAUCGUAGCAUGAUAUCCAGUCCUCAAGGUGACAUGAAGCACACAGGACACGUCGGUUUGGAUGGCGCUUUCUUCGGCGAUAUAGCAUUUCUCGACCCAGCAGCUUGUACAUCCCGUCAAGUGGUUACACAGUACAAACCAUCGGACGAUUUAGAACAAGUGCCACUUUUAAAUCCCAACUCACCAUCUCAUUUAUCUGGAGCAAUGUGUAUGCCACCUUAUCCUAUUUUAAAAGCCACGUAUACAGAAUCGAAAACCGAUCGUGACGAAGUUGAUUUGUCGUACACGGAUAAGAAGCUCAAAAGUCCCAAAAAGAACAAACUUAAAACACUUUCUGAACCAUCUACAAGCAAGAGUAUUUUAAAUAAGGUCAAAAGUGCAUCACUGGGGCGUUACCAGAAGAACGAGGAUGUCCAGCCAGUGUGCACUUGUUCCGGUGGUGAGGUUCACGAGUACCACGAGAUAUCUGACACUGACACUGAAGGUACAGCGGCGGAAUUGAUCAAAUGCGAUAAUUCAGCAAUACCCGAUAGUCCUGGCAUUCCGAAAAGCUGCAAUGAUUUUGGGCAGAGUUUGCUCGAUGAGAUGGAAUAUAUGUUCCGGAACCUCGACACCAGAAAACGAGAAGACGGGAUUGGUAAAAAUUUUGAUAACGACAACUCAAGACCUCACACGCUUAGCAAAGCGGAUAGGAAAAAGGGAAGCAAUACAGGAACCAUGAAACUGAUGUCAGCACACGACGAGAGAACACUGGAUACAGCGGUAGCACUUGCCAAUGAGAUAACUACCAAAUCUAUGAAUGACCUUGACGGUGACCAGAGGGUGCCGAGCUCACCCAAUGAUCGUUCUAAGUUCCAUUUCAAAUUUCCUCUAGUAUCGCUACACCAAAGUGCCGGUCAUGACACCGAAGCCGCAGGUAAACAUGAAAGGCGAAAUUUCAGCGAAGAAGCAAAAAGCGUACCGGAUCUUCAAUCGACGAUAACUGCGGAAAGUAAACUCGCUUAUACGAGUCUGAUUGAGGAUCCAAUGCCAUCUACUUCCCUUAUUUCUCACAUGGAGAUAAGCCACAAACCUGCCACAAUACCAAAGCCCGCGCCACGUUUUAAAGAACCUCGCGCAAAUUUUCUGUCUCUGCAAAAACAACUGUCAACUAACAAUCGACCGUCUUCAUCAAGAGAAGCUAUGGAGCAGCAAUUGCAUACUAAUCAUAAUAUAAAUGAAUUGCCCCUUCCACCGAGAAGUACGAAACCUAAAUUGAUCGACAAACCUAGACACAUAAGGAAGUAUCCUUUGAAAUUGCCCAACGCAAACCCAAACCCAGAGGUUGUUCCUAAAACUGUCAACAACGAUCAAGAUAAUCGGGUUAUUAUAUACCAGAAUGCUGUAACUUGUACAAUGAAACAAAGAAAUGGACAGAAAGAUAACGGCCAAAAGAUUUAUAACCAAGGAGUUGAUGUUUUCGAUGGUCCUUCGACAGCCAAUGUGGAUACAAAUCCAUUUACUAAUACAACAGUACAACACCACCUGAAUCCGUUUAACUCCCCCCUGGAUGCAACGGAUACUGAAGAAGUAUGCACGUGUGAUCAGAUAGAAAGGAACUCUCUUGUCAAAGAUUAUGUAUCCGUUGAAGACUUACUUGAGUUUGCGGACCAGAAGCCAUGCGGUCGACAGCGCGGCGUUGAGUCCGAUGAAGUUCGGAUCAUGAACAAGGUGCUAAAACAACAGACAACGCCGGAGGAAUGCCUCGAAGCUCUUGAGCUGAGCGACUGGAAUGUGCACCAAGCCAUCAAAGUUAUAAUGGUCAAGCUAUCUGUGAACACGUCGCAAGUGACCCUUGAGGACUGUAUGAGGGGACUCGCGCACGCUGCCGGAGACAUAGUGAAAGCUUCCGCUGCCAUUGUCACAUAUUUAAAUGAGAUAACACAAUAA